GCCAGGGAGGGCUGAGGAACGGUGAUAGCACUCGACAAGCAGGUAUUACCAUCAGAUCAUAGAGGGGCGCAUCAGUCGUCGUUCGAGCUCCGCCUGCAAAGUAAACGCCUGCAAAGUGUUGUUAAUCUUUGGUCCGAAAGCAAUUGUUGGUCAAGAACGCAGCUGCGCAGGAAAAGUUUUUGCAUUGAAAAUGGCGGAAGCAGGGCCCAGCUCAGAAGGCAAGCCUGCAGCGUCGCCUGCCGGCGCCAAGCGGGACUUUAGCACCGCCAUCUUGGAGCGCAAGAAGUCCCCAAAUCGUCUUAUCGUGGAUGAGGCAGUCAAUGAUGACAAUUCCGUGGUCGCUCUCCAUUUGAAGACUAUGGAGGAGCUGCAGCUCUUCCGAGGGGACACCGUGCUCAUCAAGGGCAAGAAAAGGAAGGAUACUGUCUGCAUCGUUCUGGCCGAUGAGACCUGUGAAGAGAAUAAGAUCCGCCUUAACAAGGUUGUGCGAACCAACCUGCGUGUGCGGUUAGGGGAUGUUGUGUCAGUGCAUCAAUGCCCUGAUGUCAAGUACGGGAAGCGCAUCCACGUCUUGCCCCUGGAGGAUACAAUUGAGGGUGUUACUGGCAACCUGUUUGAUGCAUACCUGAAACCGUACUUCCUGGAGGCGUACCGGCCGGUUCGCAAAGGCGACCUGUUUCUGGUGCGGGGCGGCAUGAGGAGCGUGGAGUUCAAGGUGGUGGAGACGGAUCCAGCAGACUACUGCAUCGUGGCCCCCGAUACAGAGAUAUACUGCGAAGGCGAGCCCAUCCGGCGCGAGGACGAGGAGCGGCUGGACGAGGUGGGCUACGACGACGUGGGCGGUGUGCGCAAGCAGAUGGCGCAGAUCCGGGAGCUGGUGGAGCUGCCGCUGCGCCACCCGCAGCUGUUCAAGUCCAUUGGGGUGAAGCCGCCCAAAGGGAUUCUGCUGUAUGGACCCCCAGGAUCUGGCAAGACGCUCAUUGCCAGGGCGGUGGCUAAUGAAACUGGCGCCUUCUUCUUCCUUAUCAACGGUCCCGAGAUCAUGUCCAAGCUGGCGGGGGAGAGCGAGAGCAACUUGAGGAAGGCGUUUGAGGAGGCGGAGAAGAACGCGCCCGCUAUCAUCUUCAUCGACGAGAUAGACUCGAUUGCUCCCAAGAGAGAGAAGACGCAGGGCGAGGUGGAGCGGCGCAUCGUGUCUCAGCUGCUGACGCUCAUGGACGGCCUCAAGUCGCGCGCCCACGUCAUUGUCAUGGGCGCCACCAACCGUCCCAACAGCAUCGACCCCGCCCUGCGCCGCUUUGGCCGCUUUGACCGCGAGAUUGACAUUGGUGUGCCGGACGAGGUGGGCCGCCUGGAGGUGCUGCGCAUCCACACCAAGAACAUGAAGCUCGACGACGGGGUGGAGCUGGACCGCAUUGCCAAGGACACGCACGGCUUUGUCGGGGCGGACCUGGCGGCGCUGUGCACGGAGGCGGCGCUGCAGUGCAUCCGCGAGAAGAUGGACGUCAUCGACCUGGAGGACGACGAGAUCGACGCGGAGGUGCUCAACAGCAUGGCCGUAACCAACGACCACUUCCAGACGGCGCUCGGCAUCAGCAACCCCAGCGCGCUGCGCGAGACCGUCGUGGAGGUGCCCAACGUCUCCUGGGACGACGUCGGUGGCCUCGAGUCCGUCAAGCGCGAGCUGCAGGAGGUCGUGCAGUACCCGGUGGAGCACCCCGAGAAGUUCGAGAAGUUCGGCAUGUCGCCCUCCAAGGGCGUCCUCUUCUACGGCCCGCCCGGGUGCGGCAAGACGCUGCUGGCCAAGGCCAUUGCCAACGAGUGCCAGGCCAACUUCAUCAGCAUCAAGGGGCCUGAGCUGCUCACCAUGUGGUUCGGCGAGAGCGAGGCCAACGUGCGCGAGGUGUUUGACAAGGCGCGCUCCUCUGCGCCCUGCGUCCUCUUCUUCGACGAGCUGGACUCCAUCGCCAAUCAGCGUGGCGGCAGCCAGGGCGACGCGGGCGGCGCGGCGGACCGCGUGCUGAACCAGCUGCUGACGGAGAUGGACGGCAUGAACGCCAAGAAGACGGUGUUCAUCAUCGGCGCCACCAACCGGCCGGACAUCAUCGACAGCGCGCUGCUGCGCCCGGGCCGGCUGGACCAGCUCAUCUACAUCCCGCUCCCCGACGAGCCCAGCCGGCUGAGCAUCUUCAAGGCCGCCCUGCGCAAGUCGCCCGUGGCUGGCGACGUGGACAUCACCUUGCUCGCCAAGUACACGCAGGGCUUCUCCGGCGCGGACAUCACCGAGAUCUGCCAACGGGCCUGCAAGUACGCCAUCCGCGAGAACAUCGAAAAGGACAUUGAGCGCGAGAAGCGGAAGGCGGAGAACCCGGACGCCAUGGAGGAGGAGGACGAGGACACGGAGGUGGCGGAGAUCACGGCGGCGCACUUCGAGGAGGCCAUGAAGUACGCGCGCCGCUCCGUCAGCGAUGCCGACAUCCGCAAGUACCAAACGUUUGCCAACACGCUCCAGCAGUCCCGCGGGUUCGGCUCCGACUUCCGCUUCCCCGACCGCCCGGCUGGGGCAGCAGCCCCAGCGGCGGCGCCAGCGUUUGGGACAGCGGGCGCGGCGGCGGACGAUGACGACCUGUACAACUAGAGGGGAGAAGCGGCGCAGCGUAGAGCAGGGAAGACGGAGCGCACCAAAGGGCGCCAGUCAGUGCCACGGGCUAGUCAAGAGUCAAGAUGAGAGCUGAAGCCGCAAGUCAAGGAGGCCAUCCUCCAAGGAGCAGUUCUCAGACGGUUCGGAGCAUCCCAAUGAUUGUAUUCUUGUUUCUAUUGUACACAGUUCCUUUUUAAUGCUCCAAGUCACUUCGACCAACACGUUUGAUUCACGAUGUUGACUGGUUACGGUGCUCUUCUCUACAGCUAAG